AUGACUUCGUUAAUUGAUAGUCUUGCAGCGAGUGAAAAAACAGUGAUUGUUAUUGAUAUUGGACAAGCGUAUACGAAAUGUGGCUUUGCUGGUGAUUCUUCACCUCGUCAUAUUAUUCCGACUACUGUUACAAUUGAUGGAAAAACAAAACAUGUCUUUGAAAAUAAUUCAGAUGUUAUGAUAUUACACGAUGAUCGUCUUAGUGAAUUUAUUCGAUCAGUUUAUUAUAAAUAUAAUAUUGCAAAUAGUCGAGGUCGACGUGCAGUUAUCGUUGAAUCAGUUAUUACACCAACACGUAUUCGACAUUUAAUCGCCAAUAUUUUGUUAAAACAACUUGAAGCAUUAUCUGUAGUAUUUAUACCAUCACAUCUAGCUGCAACGUAUACAUUAGGCCAAAAUACAGCACUCGUUCUUGACAUCGGUUACAAAGAAGCUCAAAUCAUGCCGAUUACUGAAGGUAUACCAUUGGCGAUGCAAUUCGAUAGUUUAUCAUAUGCAGGUCAAGCUAUUCAUAAACAAAUUCAAUUUUUACUUGAACAACAUGCCACAAUCACUCACCAACGAACGAAGCAACCAUUUAGUUCGGCUAAAAUAAAAUUAUCUGAAGAAAUUUUGGAAGAUAUUAAGGUUCGAUGUUGUUUCAUUUCACCAUUUACUCGUGCACAAAUUUAUGCUGAAGAUAAAUUAAUAUCUAAUGAAUCGAAGGGUUCAUUUAAAGAAGCUGCAUCCAUUGACUAUCCAGUAGAUGGAGACGCCAUGAUUCAUAUUCCUGGAAUAGUUAGAGAAUUUGCAUGCGAAGCUCUAUUCGAACAAAAUAUUGAUGGAAGAUCCAUUGCAACAUUGGUACUUGAUAGUCUACUUGAAGCACCGAUUGAUUUUCGUCGACAAUUAGCUGAUAAUAUUCUGGUUAUUGGUGGUACAGCUAUGAUGCCAGGUUUUUUACAUCGAUUCAAUGCUGAAUUGGCUCAUCUUGCUAAUUUACCGGCAUAUAUAAAUAGAUCAGUUAUAAAACAAUUUCGUUUUCAUUCGCCGCCUGCUCACUUAAAUUAUGCAGCAUGGUUAGGAGGUUCUAUGUUUGGUGCACUUGAUAAACUAGAAUCGCAAUCAAUUCAACGCGAAAAAUAUGUAGAAAAUGGAAUUUUACCGGAUUGGUUUACAGACCAACAAACUUCUUAA